CUCGUAGUUGAUCUCAGCUUCACUCUUGUCUCUUUCCUUUUUUUCCACUUGCCUCUAUUCCCUUUUGCCUACUAAUUGACAUUGCCAUGUCAGAUCUGAGCAACAUCCUUGCUGCUCUCGCUGCGCAACAGCGACAGGGAGGAACACCAUCACAAGCUCCUCCACCAUUACCAGGAGCUGGCUUCCCACCACCACAAUAUGCAACUCCUCCCGGUGGUGCGCCGGCAUCUUAUGGCCUGCCUCCACCCAUCAGCUCAGGUAGUGUCGAUUUGGGUGGCAUAAAACCCAUCAGUUCAGGUUCUGUCAGCAUUGCAGACGCCAUUGCCAAAGCCCAUGGUAUCGCUGCUGAAAAAGGCGUCCCUUAUGACCCUAGUAGACCCCCGAUCAACCCAGAUCUGCGUUCAGGCAGCCGAGGCUAUCGACGUUCGAGGUCGCCCUCGAGGUCGCCGCCCCGGAUGAACCGAGACGCUUACCGCGACAGCUAUAACCCCUACCGCGAUGAGCGACGUGCAAAUGACCGCGCUUACACGAGGGAGAGAUCGCUUUCCCCGAGAGGUCGAUACUCCCCCGGCAGAUUUAGAGAUGACAGAUCUCCUGGACGUGAACGAGGUGCCGAAGGCGAAUCAGAAGUUCUCCCUCUAGACAAAGGAGUCGUGGGUUUAGUUAUUGGACGGUCAGGAGAAAACUUGCGAAGAAUUGAGAACACUACCGGCGCCCGCGUCCAAUUUCUGGAUGGUCCUGAGGUAGCUGGUACACAGAGACACUGCAGAAUCUCGGGCAGUCGAGCAGCACGAUCUGCUGCGAAGGCAGAGAUAUUCAGAGUCAUUGAUGACAACGAUGCAGCUAAAAGAGGAGGUGGAGAGAAGCCACGGGGACAGAGUAAACCUGCGGUCUCCACCAGCAAAGAGGGUGACAGCCUUCAGAUGAUGGUUCCUGACCGCACUGUCGGCUUAAUCAUCGGUCGAGGGGGAGAGACGAUCCGUGACCUGCAAGACCGCAGCGGAUGCCAUGUCAACAUCCUCGGCGAGAACAAAAGCAUAAAUGGAUUUCGGCCUGUCAAUCUUAUUGGUAGUGCCUCAGCUCAACAGUACGCCAGAGACCUCAUCUUGGAAAUUGUCGAAAGUGAUCAGAAGGGUAUCAGUAUCAAAGACCUCCACCGAGAGCGAGAAGAAACCCAAGGCAAGAUCUCUGAAACGGUUUACGUUCCCGGCGAGGCCGUCGGUAUGAUUAUCGGAAAGGGGGGUGAGUCGAUUCGUGACAUGCAGAAUCAAACAGGAUGCAAAAUCAAUGUCUCGCCUGCUUCUGGUCGGGACGUCGAACGUGAAAUCGGUCUGGUUGGCAGUCGCCAUGCCAUUGACGCUGCCAAACGUGCUAUCAUGGACAAGGUCGACACAGUACGUGCUCGAUCCCAAGCUCGCGAAGGCCGUGAUGACUACACCGACCGUUACACGUCACAGCAGCAACCUAGCUACCCGCCACCUGGCGCCCCAGCUCCUGCUCAGCCAGCUGCACCACCCCCUGCCGGCGGAGCUGCCGAUCCCUAUGCUGCUUACGGUGGCUACCAGAAUUAUCUCCAGAUGUGGUAUGCCGCAAUGGCAGCACAGCAACAGCAACAAGGUGGUCAAGGUCAAGGUGAGCAACGAUAAGGCCUGUGGGGUGACCGUGACCUGGCUCGUGAUUGGAAUCUCUGAUUUUAUAUUGGUGGAUGAUCUUGAACCACUCGACGACUUGAUUCGCCUUGCUUGGAAACCUGGCCACCACACACCACUCACGCUUUACGCCAUUGCUUUUCGAUAACGUGCCUUGUGACCAUUGCCGCGAUCCGAUGACGGGACCUAACGCCUGACGACGAUGACUAUCAUCCUGCUGCACGACCCGCCAAGACCUGAGCGUGAACCGAAUCGCUUGACCAUGACUCUUCGUCGUGUCUCCUUGCAAUACUGAGAAGCUGCUUUGUAGCAGACUCAUCGGCUUCAAGACCUUGAAGUACUCGCUCUCAUGACUUGCGGGCCAUCAUACUUGAGCAUCCUUUGUGUGGCUACUUUGCAUCUCCUUUGCGUGAAACGAAUUGCUGAGAGAAUGGAAUGGAAAAGGCCGAUGCUUAGCAUCAAAUCCCAGCUUGAAGCCACGGUGCUAACAGAUUCAUAAAUGUCGGAUAUAUUAUCUUCCUGGCUAGGUAGCAAUAUCGUACCUGCGCAAUUCGUCUGCACUCGUACUCGUAGCCGUGCUAGAGCGUUGAGAUUGGACAGGGCAUUCCUCCGAGAUAGGAGUAUUGAAACUAGACCAGAAAAGGUAUGCCAAGGCGAGGCUACCAGGAUUAAAUCAAGGAAUGACGAAACUCUAGCAGGAGCUUAUUGCGAUGACCGAGUUGACG